GGUACAAAUCCGUUUACCCCAGGGCAGUGAUAACUUUACUGCAUAAGCCAUUGCCGUGCCUUGUUAGCCAGAGAUAUGAGCAGACUGAUGUCUAGAGCUUUCAAGUUGGGCUUUAUAAAGCCAAAUACAGUAUGUGAUUUGCUGUGCUGAAGAACUGCAUUCGGUUUAAUCCGAGCUUGUUUUUAUCCAACCCUGGGCUGUGGCUGCUGCACGAUCAAGUUUCAGUUGUUUGCUGGAUGACUGUAGAAGUGGAAUGGGCCGGCUUUAGGACUGCUACAUUAAAGAAUGACUCGAAGCUCAUAUAGAAUUAGGUCGCAUGCAUUCUGCGACGAUUCUGAAGUGAAAGAGGAAGGCUAGCUUGCGGUUUAACCACUUCCUUGAUCAUAAGACGUGUUAUUUGGUUCAACCUCUCCUGUGGGUUUGUAUAUUGUGCUGAAACCUGAACAGAAAGGCACAGAGUGUGUAAUUCUCUGGGGCACUGUAUGCCAGUAGCAACAACAGGAGUACCUGCUUCUCUUCUCUUCUUAUUAUUUCUGCUGAGAGUUGCAACUUUCAACCAUGCUGUGCUGCGAGGUGUAUGCAGAGGUGAGGCCUGAGCUGUUCUCCGAAACCAAAGCACAGACUGUGGACCGGACCAUGGACCUGGGGCUGGCUGAGGACCACUUCUCCAGGCCUGUGGGCUCCUUCGUGGCCUCGGACAUCGAGCAGCUGAAGCAGGCCAUCGAGGAGUGCAAGCGGCUGAUCCUGGAGCUGCCCGAGCACUCUGAGCGACAGAAGGACACCGUGGUCAAGCUCAUCCACCUUCGGCUCAAGCUGCAGGAGCUGCAGGACCCAGAGGAGGAUGAGCCCAAUCUGAGAGUCCUUCUGGAGCACCGCUUCUCCAAGGAGAAGAGCAAGAGCGUGAAGCAGACCUGUGACAAGUGCAGCACCAUCAUCUGGGGCCUCAUUCAGACCUGGUACACCUGCACAGGUUGUUACUACCGUUGUCAUAGCAAAUGCAUGAACCUCAUCACCAAGCCCUGUGUGAGGUCAAAGGUCAGCCAUCAGUCUGAGUAUGAACUGAGUAUCUGCCCUGAGAUCGGGCUGGACAGACAGGAUUACAGGUGUGCAGAAUGUCGGACACCUGUGUCACUGAGAGGCGUGCCCAGCGAGGCCCGGCAGUGUGACUACACUGGACAGUACUACUGCACCAGCUGCCACUGGAACGACACGGCCGUCGUCCCGGCGCGUGUCAUACACAACUGGGAGUUUGAGCCGCGGAAGGUGUGCCGCUCCUCCAUGCGUUACCUGGCUCUUAUGAUGCCCAGACCUGUGCUGAAGCUCCGCGAGAUCAACCCGCUGCUCUUCAACUUUGUGGAAGAGCUGGUGGAGAUCCGGAAACUGCGUCAGGACAUCCUUCUGAUGAAACCCUAUUUCAUCACCUGUAAGGAGGCCAUGGAGGCCAGGCUACUGUUACAGCUGCAUGACCGGCAGCACUUUGUGGAGAACGACGACAUGUACUCUCUCCAGGACCUGAUUGACAUCUCCAGCGGCCGCCUCAGCUGCUCCCUGACCGAGAUCCACACCACCUUCGCCAAGCACAUCAAACUGGACUGUGAGAGGUGCCAAGCGAAAGGCUUUGUGUGUGAGCUGUGUAAGGAAGGAGACGUGCUCUUCCCCUUUGACAGCCACACCUCUGUGUGCCAUGACUGCUCGGCUGUCUUCCACAGGGACUGUUACUAUGACAACUCCACUACGUGUCCACGGUGCACAAGGAUGACUGAACGCAAACACGAUCCAGGAAACCCCCAAGUGGCUUGACCUCCUUCCUCCCCACCCCCAAUCACUGUGACAACAGGCAGAAGACAACAGUGCAUUUUUGCUUUUAGUCUAUGCUACAUUACGAUGAGUGUUUUCAGAUGAACGUGGACAACUUUUCAUCCACUGUAGUUUUGUUCACGAGCAUAUCGGCAGUUGAUGACGUGCGCACUGCAUAUAAAGGAAGAAGCUUGUACCGGUGAUCACAGGAAAGAGAAAACGGGUAAUUAUCACGUUAGGUAGUCUUCUGAGCUCUUCUAUCGACAGAAACUAGUCCAACACUAUUAUGUUUCACUUGGUAGGUAUGAAUUGGAAAGUCACAUGUGCAAACCAGGGCUUAUAACCUGUUAUACAACCUCACCUGCGAGCAUUUACUGAUAUUUCGGUUGCUAUGACUGAACUCAAGUCUGAAGAUGAAUGUGGCGAAAAAAAAACUCUUCCUUAACUGACUGACAGCAAAAACUUUUUACUGUGUAACUUGUGUAUUGCAUAAAGACUAUUUCAAAGGAAGGCUGUAUUGAAUAUUGCCAUAUUGUUAACAUUUAGUGAGUGUUUUUUAAAAAUGAAAACAUUUAACAAAUCAAGCAUUGGCAGGCAAUUUUGUUUAAAAAUAAUGUUUUUCUCACUCAAAAUAUUGGAUGUAUGGUCAAAACCAGUGCUCAUAAGUAAGUGUAUUUACAAUAUGCAUGCCAUUCCUUGGUUUAUUGACUUUGGUUCCAUUUGUCAGCUUAAAUUUUGUGCAAUAUGCAUUCUCCUGCUGUGGAAGCAUUGCUAAAUUAGUCGAGGACACAGAUGACAAGGCAAUCUUGUCAUACAAGAUGGGGAUAUUUUGAUGUUAUAUUAUUUGUUUUAAAAUAAUAUUUGUGUUCGCUGUAUUGUUUCAGCAUGGACCUCUUUAUUGAACCCCCCCCCCCCCCCCCGCCUUCCCCUCCCCCCAAUUUUAAUUGUAAUUUACUAUUUUUGUGAUGUUUUAUUUAGUGUAUCAAAAUGUAACUGCACUGUCGGAAAUAAAUGUAAUCAUGUGUAAGUAAUGCAUGAAUAAAGUCCUGAAGAACCAACAAA